AUGCUGAUUAUUUUGUUGUUUCAGGAGGACAAAAAAUGUUUCAUAUGCGACUCUGAGGAUCCCUUCCAUGAUACUCUCAAUCCUGACAGUCAUCGCAUUGAAAAUGUGGUCACCACGUUUGCUCCAAAUCGCCUGAAGCUCUGGUGGCAGUCAGAAAAUGGUUUGGAAAACGUGACUAUCCAGCUGAACCUAGAGGCCGAGUUUCAUUUCACUCAUCUCAUUAUGACCUUCAAGACAUUCCGUCCUGCUGCAAUGUUGAUAGAAAGAUCAUCUGAUUUUGGAAAAACGUGGCAAGUGUAUCGGUAUUUUGCAUAUGACUGUGAGAGCUCAUUUCCUGGGAUUUCAACUGGACCCAUGAAGAAAGUGGAUGAUAUUAUUUGUGAUUCCCGAUACUCCGACAUUGAACCUUCAACGGAGGGAGAGGUAAUAUAUCGUGUUUUAGAUCCUGCUUUUCGAAUCGAAGAUCCAUACAGUCCACGGAUUCAAAACCUAUUAAAAAUCACAAAUCUGAGAGUCAAAUUCAUCAAGUUGCACACACUGGGAGAUAAUCUCUUGGACUCGAGGAUGGAGAUUAGGGAGAAGUACUACUACGCCAUCUACGACAUGGUGGUUCGCGGGAACUGUUUCUGCUACGGACACGCCAGCGAGUGUGCGCCCGUGGAUGGCUUUACCGAAGAGGUGGAAGGAAUGGUCCAUGGGCACUGCAUGUGCAGGCAUAAUACCAAAGGGUUAAACUGUGAGCAGUGUUUGGAUUUCUACCACGACUUACCCUGGCGACCCGCGGAAGGCCGCAAUAGUAACGCAUGCAAAAAGUGCAACUGCAAUGGCCACUCCAGCCAGUGCCACUUUGACAUGGCUGUGUACAUGACGACGGGGAACACCAGCGGCGGAGUGUGCGACGACUGCCAGCACAACACCGUAGGACGCAACUGCGAGCAGUGCAAGCCCUUCUACUUCCAGCACCCGGAGAGGGAUCUGCGGGACCCCGAUGUCUGCGAGCCUUGCAACUGUGACCCAGCUGGCUCCCAGAAUGGUGGCAUCUGCGACCGCUACACCGAUUUCUCCACUGGCCUCAUUGCUGGACAGUGCCGUUGUAAAUUAUUUGUUGAAGGGGAGCGUUGUGACCUCUGCAAAGAAGGUUUCUAUGGCCUGAGUGCCGAUGACCCAGCGGGUUGUCAGUCUUGUGCGUGUAAUCCUUUGGGUACCCAUCCCGGGGGGAAUCCGUGUGACUCGGAGACAGGAAACUGCUAUUGUAAGCGCCUGGUGACAGGAAAGCAGUGCAAUCGCUGUCUGCCUGAGACCUGGGGCCUGAGCAACGACAUGGAUGGAUGUCGGCCGUGCGACUGCGACCAGGGAGGAGCGCUGAAUAACAACUGCUCGAGUGAGUCUGGCCAAUGCGAGUGCCGGCCCCACAUGUUUGGACGUCAGUGCAACCAGGUGGAGCCUGGCUAUUACUUCAUUUCUCUCGAUCAUUACAUCUACGAGGCAGAGGAAGCCAGCUUGGGUCCCGGAGUAAACGUAAUAGAGCGCCAGUACACGCCAGACCGCACACCAUCAUGGACAGGCAUAGGAUUUGUAAGGGUCCCUGAGGGGGCAUACCUGGAAUUCUACGUUGACAACAUCCCCUACUCCAUGGAGUAUGAUAUUCUGGUCCGCUACGAACCACAGUUGCCGGAUCAGUGGGAAAAAGCUGUGAUCAGCGUCUCGCGCCCAGGCAAGAUUCCCACGGGAAGCCGGUGUGGCAAUACAGUUCCUGAUGAUGAUAAUCAAGUCGUCUCACUGUCACCCGGCUCUAGAUACGUUGUUCUCCCACGGCCCGUCUGCUUUGAGAAGGGGCUGAAUUACACCAUCCGCCUGGAGCUGUCGCAGUACUCCUCGGUGGAUACGGAGACGGAGAGCCCAUACACUCUUAUUGACUCCCUUGUUCUCAUGCCAUACUGCAAAUCACUGGACAUAUUCACAGUUGGAGGCUCAGGCGAAGACGUCGUCACAAAUAGUGCUUGGGAAACUUUCCAGAGAUACCGGUGUCUGGAAAACAGCAGGAGCGUUGUGAAAACCCCCAUGACAGAUGUCUGCAAGAACAUCCUGUUCAGCAUUUCUGCACUAUUACACGAGACCGCGUUAUCAUGCCAGUGUGACCCCCAGGGCUCCCUGAGUUCGGUGUGCGACCCCAGCGGAGGACAGUGCCAGUGUCGUCCCAACGUUGUCGGAAGACAGUGUGACAGAUGCGCCCCUGGCACCUUUGGGUUCGGGCCAAGCGGAUGCCGAUCGUGCGAGUGCCACAUCCGAGGCUCCUACAACGCCUUCUGCGACGCGGAGACGGGCCAGUGCCACUGCUUCCCCGGGGUGUAUGGGCGGCAGUGCGACCGCUGCCUGCCCGGCUUCUGGGGCUUCCCCAGCUGCCAGCCCUGCCACUGCAAUGGCCACGCCGACGACUGCAGCCCCUACACCGGGGAGUGCCUGAGCUGCCGGGACCACACGGCGGGGCACAACUGCGAGAGGUGCCAGGCUGGCUACUAUGGAGACCCUGUCCUGGGAUCAGGCGACCACUGCCGCCCCUGCCCUUGCCCUGAUGGCCCCGAGAGCGGACGGCAGUUUGCCAGUGGCUGUUACCAGGAUCCGGUCACACUGCAAGUCGUGUGCGUCUGUAGCGUGGGAUACAUAGGCAGUCGAUGUGAUGAAUGCGCGUCUGGCUUCUUUGGGAGCCCCGACGAGGUUGGCGGCGCCUGCCAGCCGUGCCAGUGCAACAACAACAUCGACACCACUGACCCGGAGGCCUGCGACAAGAGGACGGGAACGUGCAUGAAGUGCCUGUAUCACACGGAGGGUGAAAACUGCCACCUCUGCAAACAGGGCUAUUACGGCAGUGCCCUGCAGCAGGACUGCAGAA